GUGGAGAGGAAGGGAGAGACACACACUAAGGAAGCUUAGGGACAAGGGGGGAGUUAUUGCCGGUUCUACUUACAGAUAGACAGGCGGACAAAACUCCUGUCUCACUUUCCUCCUGCAGCUCCCAUACACAGCGGCGGUGCCAGUGCGCUUUACUGAAGCAGAGGUGGAAGUGUAGGCGACAGAAAAAGGGAGUUGCCUACCAACAGGGGUCAGGCAGGCAGGGGCAAGCCAGUGGAUGUUUUUUAAGAGGGUGCUUAUCUGACACUGACAACAGGAUGAGAAGUUAAAGCAAGGGAGGAGAGAGAGAGGGAGAGAGAGAGCAGCUCAGGGCAAAGACAUGGAGAGAACAGCAUUACCCACAGUCUGUUUACAUAGGAGACACAGAAGAGAUUGGCUGCCCUGAGAGAGAUAGGACGAAAAACUGUCCGAGAGAAAUUACAGAGAGAAAGUUAAAGAGUCCACUUUGUCCAUUCUGUCCAAAGGAGCGGGAGUGAGAGACGAGGGAUCAUAACACUGGAGCUCAAGGAUAAACCAUGGACUCUGCAUACAUCCCACCACACCUGGACGUCCACCAUGCUCCCUGCUAACCUCCUGCUCCUCAUGGUCCUGCUGCUACCUCAAGCCUCUUCUGGUCGCCAGGGCGGAGACACCAGUGAGAUCGACGAUGGCAGGGUUUCCCCCUCACCGUCCUCCCUGUCCCCUUCACCACCUGGCUCCAUCCUUGAGCCCAGUCUGGCUCAGACCAUCCAGAGCCUUCUCCUGAGCCGGCUGGGCCUGCAGUCCCAGCCUGACCCUCAUCCCGGGGUGCCGGUUCCUCGGUACCUCCUGGACUUGUACCGCUUCCACCAGCAGCAGUACCAUCUAGUGGAGGACCCCUUCUUCAGCUUCCCCAGCCAGCACGUCCAGAGGGCCAACACCGUACGCAGCUUCCACCACACCGAUCCCCUUGAAAGCAGUCCCACAGUAGACGAUCAAAAGAGGGUACACAUCUCCUUCAAUGUGUCUUCCAUCCCUCAAGAUGAGAAGGUGGUCUCCGCUGAACUUCGUCUCCUCCGCAGUGACAAGGCCUCCCUGAGCCCCGGGGCCCACAGACUCAGCCUGUACCUGUCUGAGAACCAUGGGGACUCGGAGCCUGUCCUGCUAGAGACAAGGUUACUCACCACUGGCCUCCACAGUAAUAAACCAAAUGGUUACUGGGAAGCUUUUAGCCUCAGUGCAGAGCUCCUGCAAAAGGCCCUUGCUGCGAGAGGCAGCUUAGGCUUCCUCUUGGAGGUCAGCCCAGAAAACAGCACCACCUCGCCCCAGGACCAGGGCCUGUCCUCUGCUGUGGACAAAGAGGGAGAAAGGGAGAAACACAAAGAGGGACACCUGAGGGUUUGCAGGUCCUUGGGGCAGGAUGAGCACAGCUGGGCCCAGGACAGACCCCUUUUGGUGACUUACAGCCAUGACGGGCGAGGAGAGCCUCUGGUCACACACAGCAGGAGGAACCCCGGCACUGCCCAGAGGAUGAGAGGGAGGAAAGGGACUAAAGACAGGGCAAGGAGCAGUAGCAAGGGGCGCAGUAGAGACCAAGACUGGGGGAGGGUAAAAAAAAGAGGGUAUAUAGGGCCAGUCUGGGGCAGUGAUGGGGGAGGAGUGGGUUGGAGUGAACGUGGGAGGGUGAAAAGAAACGGAGGGCGAGCUGCAAAACUGAAACGCCUCUCCCGUGCCCGAUGCCGCCGCCACCCUCUCUACGUAGAUUUCAACGACGUGGGCUGGCACAAGUGGAUCAUUGCACCCAGUGGCUACGAUGCGUUCUUCUGCCUGGGAGAGUGUCGCUUCCCUCUGGCCGACCACAUGAACUCAUCGAGCCACGCCAUGGUGCAAACGCUGGUAAACUCUGUGAACGGAGCCGUGCCCAGGGCCUCCUGUGUGCCUACCUCCCUCAGCCCCAUAGCCCUGCUUUACCUGGACCCUCAAGACCGAGUGGUGCUGAAGAACUACCAGGACAUGGUGGUGGAGGGCUGCGGCUGCCGGUAGUGGGCUUGGCAGACUCCAGACAGACCCCAGCGACCUGCAGACGGACUUAGGCAUCAGUAAAGACAAAUGUAGCAGUAAAUGAGGGAUGAAUGAGGAAGAGGGGAAAGGGGAAAUGCAUGUCGCAGCAAAAUCAUCAUCAUCAUGAUCAGAAGCAGGAAAAAUGGUGGGACAGAGAGAGAGAGGGUGGAAAACAGAGAGAGAAUGUAAAAUCUGCCACACCAGAGAGGAAACUAGAAGAAAACAAGGCAGAGAAAAUGAAGGUUGAGGUUAUGGUAACUGAAACUGUCAGGAAUGAGUUUACACAGGAUAUAAUACUCAUUUUUCCCCAUUCAGUGAUCACCAGCUGCCACUUUACUUGUUCUCCUCCAAGACACCAGCGCUCUAACACUCAGAAGGUGCCUAUGUACUCGUGUUUGCUUCGCCACUCAUCUCAUUCUCAAGUGAAGCCCCGACAGACAUGCACGCAUUUCACUGAUGCACACAGAGGACAGGAAAAAAAAAUGGCAAAAGCUAUCUCAGACGUGCAGUUUAAGUCCUUGUGCACUUGCAUACAAUGGACGUCAAGUGCGUGUAGGCAGCGUAGGUUAAGCUAUACUGACUCUUUGAAUGGACUGAUUGAGAACGAUGAGUUUUUAGAAACAUGAUGAUGAUGACACCAGUUUGGCAUCUAAACUUUGCGGGACGAUGUUGUAUCUGCAGUUUAUGAACCGAGGGGCAGGGUGCAUCUCUUAUCAUGAGCAGCAGAUACUGAUAUAUUAAAUCCUGUUUGCUUUUGUGACAGACUGCCAGACAGGCACAGCACACUGAUUGUCCCUGCCAAGCACCCCUGCAUCACAAGCUAUUUAAAACCACAACAAUAAUACUGAGGAACUAUUAUGCUAUUGUUUGAAUGUACUACUAUCACUAUUAUUUAAAGAGAGACUUUUUUUUUUGUACAUUUCUUUUUUCGCAUACAUGAAGAAAAUCCAAGUGAUAGUUGUAUUGUCAUUAAACAUAAUUCCAUUAAAUGGCGAUUCUAACUUAAAAGACACUAUGUAUUUAAAUAGCAGCAAUAUGGUGUAUUUAAUCUUGAAAAUAUUUAAGAUACCUGCACUCAACAGAACGUACAACAAACUGACGCCUGCCUUCCACAAGAAUGCUUUGGUAAAGUAAGUUAUGGUAGCUUUAUAUCUGUACAUAUGGUCAGUGUAUUGAAUUAACAGUCUGUGUUACUUCAAAUGUCCACCCUAUCAUUGCAGAUAUUACAGUGUACAACACAUGAUAGCAGAGUUAAGCGGUGUCGCCUUUAUAAGCUUAACUAAUAAAUCAAAUCAAAGCUCUAUGUAUUGUAGCUAUUGAACUGUGUACCACCAGGUGUCUUUGCUAGCUGUGUGUGCAUGUCUCCAAAAAAAAAAAAAAAAAAAAAGGAAAAAAGGAUGAUACUAAAACUGGGACUUUAGUGCCUUUCAAACAGGGACUUUGCAAGUGUUCACUUUGUUUUUCAGUGUUGCAUUUUCUCUCUAAAUGGAAAAAAAAGAAAAACAUUUAAACAACAGCCUGUAAAAUGUUUGACUCAAGACAUUAUACCUGUAAUAAACAGAGCAAGCAGCACAA